CGCACGCCCCUGCCUACGUUCACGCUCUCAUCAUGGGCUCCGAAGCGUUGCAGGUCGCAGUGAUUUGCACCAUCUCCUGGGUGUUGUGGAAGUAUUUUCGCCAGUACUUCGUGAAGUCGCCACUCGACAAUAUCCCAGGCCCUUCCUCGGGAUCAUGGCUCUACGGAAACCUAAGGCAGAUCCUCCACAAGGACGGGUGGGAUUUCAUACAGCAUCUUACUGACCGCUACCCGGGCAUUGCGAAGCUCCACGGACCAUUUGGGCAUCGGAUGCUCUAUGUCUUCGAUCCUACCGCCUUACAUCAUAUCAUUGUCAAGGAUCAACAAAUCUACGAGGAGGCAGCUUGGUUCAUCAAGUUCAACCGUCUACGCUUCGGGCCGGGACUUCUAGCGACCUUAGGCGACGCCCAUCGGAAGCAACGCAAAAUGCUCAACCCUGUGUUCUCUCCGAACCACAUGCGGCGCAUUAUUCCGAUAUUCGACAAAGUCGGUCGCAAGUUGCAGAGAGCAGUUGAGGGUCAAAUCCGCGGACACAACGGACCAGUUGAGGUCGACAUGCUUGUCUGGAUGAGCCGCACUGCGCUCGAGUUGAUAGGUCAGGCGGGUCUCGGCUACUCAUUCGAUCCUCUCGUGUCCGACACCCCCGAUGAAUUUGCAACAGCUAUCAAGAUGUUUGGACCCGCAAUUGUUAAAAUGAAUCACCUUCGCCGGAUCCUCCCGUAUCUUCCAGAGAUAGGGCCCCCUACCUUCCGCGCGAAGCUCGUUGAUAUGUUCCCGCAUGAUGGGGUUCAAGAGACGAAACGGUUUAUUGAUACCAUGUAUCGGCGGUCUCUCGAAAUCUACAGAGGGAAGCUGCAAGCGCUGAGGCAGGGCGAUGAAGCGGUCGCGAAGCAGGUUGGAGAGGGACAUGACAUUAUGAGUAUCCUGAUAAGGGCAAACACUGCGGCUGCAGAUGAGGACAAGCUUCCCGAAGAGGAGGUCAUUGCACAAAUCUCUACUUUCAUCUUCGCCGGAAUGGACACGACAUCCAACGCGCUCUCCAUCACGCUCGAGCGUCUCGCGGACCAUCUCGAUGUCCAGCAGAAGUUACGUGAUGAGAUCCUGGGCACAUUCGACGACCAGGACAACUUCGACUACGACAAGCUCGUCUCUCUGCCAUAUCUCGAUGCAGUCUGCAGAGAGACUCUCCGACUUUAUGCCCCGGUCACGCAGGUCUUUCGCGAGACGCGGCAGGAUAUCGUGUUACCCCUGUCGGAGCCGUUCCAAGAUAUAGACGGCAAGAUGAUACAGGAGAUUCCGGUUCCAAAGGAUACGACGAUCGCCGUUGGGAUUCUCUCUGCGAAUCGUAACAAGGCGAUCUGGGGCGAGGACGCGAUGGAGUGGAAGCCGGAGCGUUGGCUCUCGCCCCUUCCGGACGCUGUCACACAGGCGAAGAUCCCGGGUGUGUAUGCUAACCUGAUGACAUUCAUUGGUGGAUCGCGCGCAUGCAUCGGCUUCAAGUUCUCGCAGCUCGAAAUGAAGAUUGUUUUGUGUCUUCUCUUGGCAAAGUUUACAUUCGCACCGUCUGGCAAGAAGAUCAAGUGGAAUGUAGCGAACGUUAGAUUCCCGACUGUUGGAGACAACCCAAAGCCAUCGAUGCCCAUAAACGUUGGCUUAUAUCGGAGGGAAGCGAGUGAGUGA